AUAAUGAACUACUAGUACAGUAUAUUUCAACAGAUUCAGUUAAAAGAAAUGUUUCUGUAAUAUGUUAUGGUGAGGCAAAUACCUUGCCUGCCUUAUGCUUGACUACUCCUCUGGCAUCUAUGAAAGUAACAAAAUGAAACAGGAAGUAUAUUCUUCUGGGAACUUCUGAGAUCAUGGUUAGAACAUGGUGACCUUCUGUCAAUUCAGAUGCGAUUGCUCACUCAGUAAAAAAACAUUGGAAAAAAUCAGUUUCAUUUUGAUUUUAAUCAAAUACUGAAAUAACAAAGCAUUCAAAAUUGGAUUGUAACAUUCGAAGCAAAAGUCAGUUCCAAAAGCACCUAUUGAAGAGAGAUUAGCUUCAUUGUAGCAUAAUGCCUUUUGAGAUAUGGGCACUUAAUAUAAAGGCAUAUUUCAAGGAUGAAUUUUUGGUUGAUGUUAAGGCAAUUUCCCCGUCAUCUGUGAAAGUAUACUGGGCACAUGGGAAACUUGGAAUUCCCUGCAUCUGUUCUGAGGCACCAGACAGCUUCUUCACAGUACAAUAUAAACAACAGGGUGAAAUGUUAUACAAAAUACAACGAGUCGACAGCAAAAACUAUGCCAUUAUUCAAAACUUGUUGCAUGAUACAAAUUAUGAGUUUAUAGUAGAAGACAGAAACCCAUGUGGGAGUACAAAGAGGUUCACUGAAAAAUGUGUGAUCAAAACUAAAAAGAUUUCAUAUUUUUCAAAAAGUCCCGAGAGGGAAAAUGAACCACUUCUGAACACCUGUUAAGCUGGAACUUUUUGGGAAAAUGACUUCAUCUAAAAAAUACUUUCAGAGAUGGUUCUUCGGCACAGUGGAUUAUAUACUGCAAAAUUGGGUUUUUUAUAUGUAUUUUAUAACAUGUAAACAAUAGGUAAUAUAGGUAUAUUUGCCAUGAAACAGGUUGCAAAGUGCUAUAUUGAGGUUGCAAAUUGCUAUAUUGAGGUUGCAAAUUGCUAUACUGAGGUUGCAAAUGAGUUGGCUUUGCUUCAUGGUGCAAUAUGGACUGAUCUUACAA